GGCGUCACGCAGCUAGUGCACGUUGAUAACGUCUACAUGAUCAAUUCUAGGCUCUAUUAGGUCAAUUCACGUCGUGUCAUCCCGACAAAACACUACUGGUAAGCCCGAUCGAAUCUUGUGUGUUUGCAACUUCUUCCACUUCCUUGAUCGGGUCGUUUUUUCUGCGCCGUGUCAUCUGCGGUGAAUCCGAGCCCUCGCGUUUCCGUCUGUUAUAGAAGACAUCUGCAUUUGCCCCAGAAGCCGCCGACCUUAAUUUGGGUUGAUGCGGUACCGGAGUACCAGUGAGUGGCGAUUUCACUUUUUCCCAGGCUUCAUCGUCAGAGUGAACAUCCCGCCGAGGACUUGGGAUCAUUUUUGGCAUCGCGGAAUCAGAGUCGCUGGAGUCCUCCCCCAGGCCAGGCACAUCUCCGUCUUUGGAAUCGUUCGCAUUGAUUGUCAGGUCAACAUUCCGGCCAUUUUCGCGUCGUUCCUUCACCUUCCCUCUGUCUGUCGUGGCAGUUGAUGCAUUCAGAUUCCCGUAAAAGUGAUCUGGUGGGAUACCUGCACGGUUGCCUAUCACCACAGGUCGGGUGCGUGGGUCAUUUCUGCUCGUUAGCUUCUUAUCAGGAGCAUCAUCUAUCACCACACGGUCGCGCUCCUGCUCUCGUACUCGCUGCAUUCUCUUCUCUUCAUUGGCGGCAGCUGCGCGCUCGCGCCUUCGUGACACCUCAUUCUCUGCCGCGCUCACGAUCACCCUCCGUGAUGUGAUCUCAUCUUCAUAUUCAGCUAUCACCCCAUCGAUAGCCUUGAUCCGUAGAUUUCUUUCAUCGAUACAUUUCCUAUCUGCCGGGUCGUCAAGUUCCGGUAUGGCCUUCUUCAGCUCCUUCAAAAUCAUUAAGGAAAUUUGAGGGCGAGCUACCAUGCUCUCCUCGGAAACAAACCAGUCCCUUCGGAGGAAAUCCUGCGGCAAAGCGGAUGACGAAGGACACGAGUCGUUGCGGUAUGCGGCCGUUAUCUCUUCGCUUGUCAGCUGCUUCGGCAUAUUGAUGGCGAACCUGUUCAAAUAUUCGAGGAGAAACACUCCGCAGUCGCUUCCGUUGCCCUGCUGAGGGACCCGCAGCCUGUAGUGAGGCAUCUCUUUGUCGUUGAAGUGAAGCAGAUUGGUAUCCUGGGUAUCCAUGUACUUGUCAGCCUCCUUGGGAUUGACUCGCAACCAUUCCAUGGCGAGAUACUCGCGCAAUUUAGCGACCGUGCUCUUCGUGGUAUGCCCAUG